GAUGUGGGUGGUUCCGCUGUAUUUCACCAUCAAACUGUACUGGUGGAGGUUUCUGUCCAUGUGGGGGAUGUUCUCCGUGGUCACCAGCUACGUCAUCUUCAGAGCCACCCGCAAACCGCUGUCCUGCAGGACGCCCAGGAUGGUCUACAAGUGGUUCCUGCUGAUCUACAAGCUGAGUUACGCCGUCGGGGUUCUAGGUUACCUGGCCAUCAUGUUCACCAUGUUCGGCUUCAACGUUUUCUUCAGGAUAAAGGCGGAGGACUCCAUGGACGUGGGCGUGAUCAUGCUGUUCUACGGUCUGUAUUACGGCGUCAUGGGGAGGGACUUUGCUGAGAUCUGCUCCGACUACAUGGCCUCCACGAUCGGGUACUACAGUAAGGGAGGAAUGCCCAGCAGGAGCCUCUCCAACGACAUCUGUGCCGUGUGCGGUCAGAGGAUCCUGGUGGACGUGGAGGAGGAGGGCUUCAUCGAAGACACCUACCAGCUCUCCUGCGGACACAUAUUCCAUGAGUUCUGCAUCCGCGGCUGGUGCAUUGUGGGUAAGAAACAGACGUGCCCGUACUGCAAUGAGAAGGUGGACCUGAAGAGGAUGAUGAACAACCCCUGGGAGAAGACCCAC